UUGUCGGGCAGCAGCUCAAGAGCGUCGACGGAGGUAAAGUCCACGGAGGAAUCGGACGCCAUUGAGGAGGAGGGGAAGGAAGGGGGGGGGGGGGGGGGGGGAGGAGGAGGAAAAGGGAAAGGAGGAGGAAAAGGGAAAGGAGGAGGAAAAGGAAAAGGAGGAGGAAAAGAGAAAGGAGGAGGAAAAGAGAAAGGAGGAGGAAAAGAGAAAGGAGGAGGAAAAGGGAAAGGAGGAGGAGAAGGAUAGGUGCGCGGAGCGCAGCUCUUAAGUCGCCGAAGGCGGAUGCGCGACGAGC